AGCAGUAACUCCGUCCAUGCUUUGCGGUAACACGUUGAGAAGAAACUGCUUUUGAUUCAGCACUGAGUGUGUGGACAGCUCCCGACGAGCUAUCAGUAGCUCCUCCUCUAUUUCUGAAGGGCAGGUCCCAGGUGUUGAAGAAAACUGCUCUAGCUAGUUCAGGCAGCAGUAAAUGCAGCUGUCGACGCUGUGAACAGCUCCCGGGUGCUGACUCGACUGCUUCCGUACAAGUGCAGUGAUUUCUUGGACACUUCGUGUGCUAAAAGCAGAUUUUUUUUUUGUAUAAAUUACACACGUGUCGUGCGGACAGUUUCCUGGGGUAGAAAGCAACUUCAUUUAUAUAUAGCCUCAGGACCGUUCUACUUUGAUUAAGCCAUGGCCACGGAAAUGUGCUGGAGGUGUUUGUUUUUUGUAUUUUUCCUUCUGGGUGGGUCUGCUCAAGACAUUGGCCAGACGAGAUUUAUCUGCACCUCCAUCCCAGCAGACAUGGACAUGUGUUCAGCUGCUGCUCAGAGCGGCAGUGGCUCAGCAGAGGAGCUGAAGAAUUCGGUGCUGCAGCUGCGGGAGACCGUGCUGCAGCAAAAGGAGACCAUCAUGAACCAAAAAGAAACCAUCCGGGAGCUGACAGCUAAGAUCAGCCGGUGCGAGAGUCAAAGCAUGGCAGAGCCAUUCAACGGUGAAGGUAAAGUUGGACAGCCAGGAUCUCGCAAAAAAGAGACAGCAGGUGCUUCCAAAAACACAAUGGGCGACCUGUCCCGAGCUCCUCCCGCAGACACGUUGAACCAGCUUGGACAAACUUUACAGACACUUAAAACGCGAUUAGAAAACCUAGAGCAGUUCAGUAGAAGUAAUUCCUCAAGUCAGAUCAGCAAUUUGAAGGAUAUACUUCAGAAUAAAAUCGAUGACUUGGAGAAACAAGUUUUAUCGCGGGUGAAUAACAUAGAAGAGAACAAACCAAAUCUGAAAAACGAGACCGAGCAAAGAGGCAAGAUAGAAAGCACCCUGACCACGCUCCAUCACCGGAUUAGCGAUCUGGAGAAAGGUCAACGGAAUAAUUUGCCAGGUGACAAGUUUCAGCUGAACUUUUCUCUGCGGACGAACUACAUGUAUGCCAAAGUGAAGAAAAGCCUACCUGAGAUGUAUACCUUCACCGUUUGCAUGUGGCUUAAAUCGAGCGCUACGCCUGGCAUGGGAACCCCCUUCUCUUAUGCAGUCCCAGGGCAACCCAACGAGCUGGUGCUCAUCGAGUGGGGUAGUAACCCGAUGGAAAUUCUGAUCAACGACAAGGUUGCAAAGCUUCCAUUUGUGAUAAGUGAUGGCAAAUGGCACCACAUUUGUGUAACAUGGACAACACGUGAUGGUGUAUGGGAAGCUUAUCAGGAUGGACUUCUGAGAGGGAAUGGAGAAAACCUAGCCCCAUACCAUCCAAUCAAACCACAUGGGGUUUUAAUCCUCGGUCAGGAGCAGGACACGUUAGGUGGAGGAUUCGAUGCCACACAAGCAUUUGUGGGGGAACUGGCACAUUUCAACAUCUGGGACAAGGUGCUAACACCUGGAGAAGUCUACAAUUUAGCCACUUGCAGCACAAAAGCCAUAGCUGGAAAUGUCAUAAGCUGGUCAGAGAGCAAUAUUGAAAUUUUUGGCAGCCCCACUAAGUGGGAAUUUGAAGCAUGUCGCCAAAUCAACUGAGGCUGCUGACACAGUUUAUCGGCUUCAGCUGUAUUCCAUUUUUUACUUUAUUGUAUUUCUUUUAGGAUUAAAUCCACAAAGGAAUUAUCUCUGUGAAAGCAAAUUCAUUUACCAUAUAGUUUUCACUUUCCUUUUGUCUUGAAAGCUUGGACAGAGUUAUUUGCCAUUACGUACUAGUAAGAGCCAACAGGAAAUUAAAAAAAAAAAAAGAGUAAAUGAACAUUUGGUUUACAGCUGUUUUAAUUCAGUUAUUAAGGAGGUCUGAUUUUCAUAUUGCCAACUUGGUUUUAAGCCUGGGUGCCUUGGGCUGGUGAUAAACUUUCAGCACACCUGUCUUCAUCUGCAUACUUUCAAAUAUAAUGUACAUAUAUUAGAGCAAACAAUAAACGUCUUCUACAGAGUUUGUUAAAGGCAUAUACAACCUUUGGCAAAAAUUAUUUUAUAUUAAUAUUAUUCUCUGUAUGAACAGCAUGAUAACUGAGGACAAGACUAGCUAUAUUUUCUUUUUUUGUUGGGAAUGGGAGGGUUUUUUACUGUUUUACUUCUGAUGUAUGCUGUAAGCAUGGCAAAACUGGCAGUGGCUAAGACAUACUUAAAAAAUGAAUGUUGUAUAGCUUAGCAAGCUUUUGUUUCCCUUUGGUGUCACUUGAAGGGAAUACAUUUUUUUCUGGGAAGGUUGUUAUAUGAGCUGAACAAAUCAAUAAUUGCAAAUGAUCAUGUCACAAGUGAAGCCACCAUCCCCCAAAAGGGCAUGUUUUUUUUUUUAAUACAAAGGAAAUUUAAACUUUUUGAGUGUGCUUGAGUGGAGACACAUAGCAGGUCCAAUAAAAACAUAAUGUUACCAGUAAACUUUCAAGCCAUGAAAAAGGAGUGUGGAGGACAUUUAAAAAUGAUUGUAAGGAUGCCAUUUAACUUGUUGGCAAAGUUGUGUGCACUAAACACAGAGCUGUAUUUUUCUUUUUAAUUUUGACUUGUAUUAUAGAUGAUUACUAGGCUAACAACCCCAGAUAGACCUUUUUAAGUCUAUCCAUGCUUCCCAAUAUGGGAAUCAAACAUUGUAUUUUGUGUCUCUGAGGUACACCUUAACCAUUAUGCCAUAUCUAACCUCCAACAAUAGUAAUACCUAUUUGUUAAGUAGGCAGGCCCACUGGAUACACCAUCCCUUUUUUUUGGGUAACCUGAGGGCAGCAGUUCUAAAGAGAUUGUGCAUUCCCAUGCAUAUUUUGUGCCAUCGAUCAUGAGAUGUAUAUAUUUAUACUUUUGUACAAAGCUCCAUAUAAGAACUUAAAAAGUGUUAGAAAACAGUUGGAGUAGAUCCCAGAACUGGUCUCAUUUCCGCUGUAUGUCUGUCUCUCUAGCUCUCUACUGCUGUCUCUCUUUCUUCACUGGACAUGUUUCUUCAGUGACACCCUUCAGUCUUAGCUAGAAAGGAGAAAUGAUGAAGUGGCACAAUCUCUUUAGUACAACUGUUUUAUCUAGUAGGGUGAGACUUACAGAAAUGCACUGCUGUCUUACCAUGUAAGGUGAGACUUACAGAGAUCCAAUGCUGUCCUUCCAUGUAGGAUGAGACUUACAGAGGUCCAGUGCUGUCCUUCCAUGUAGGAUGAGACUUACAGAGGUCCAGUGCUGUGCUUCCAUGUAGGAUGAGACUUACAGAGGUCCAGUGCUGUCCUUCCAUGUAGGAUGAGACUUACAGAGGUCCAGUGCUAUCCUUCCAUGUAGGAUGAGACUUACAGAGGUCCAGUGCUGUCCUUCCAUGUAGGAUGAGACUUACAGAGGUCAGUACUGUCCUUCCAUGUAGGAUGAGACUUACAGAGGUCAGUACUGUCCUUCCAUGUAGGAUGAGACUUACAGAGGUCCAGUGCUGUCCUUCCAUGUAGGAUGAGACUUACAGAUGUCCAAUGCUUUAAAUUGACACUGAAAUGCAAACAAAGAAGCUAGAACAAGAGAGGAAGAAAAAAUGUAUGACAUGGAUAUUUGUUUUCUUCUGUAAUGGCUUAUCUCAUUUGCAAUGAUGUUGAUCUAAAUUAAUUCAUAUUUACCUCACUUUUUGGGGGAGGAGAUUAUAUUACCCCCUUCAAAGCAAAAAAAAAAUGUUUUCAGAGCUGUAGUUAAAUAUGCAUUUCAGUGUCUCUGCAAUAUGUAAUAUAGUUCUAAAUAAUGCACCAUACCACUCACAGGAAGGGUCACUUGUCUAAGUGGCACGUAAACACUCAAGUGUCCAGUGGGAAAGAUAAAUAUUAAUCACAUUAUUAGCUUUUUGGAAAUGGUUUCAUAAUGUUAUAAUUCACCAUUUUUACUACAUGUGACAGAGCUUGCCAGCCAACAUGUGCACACUGGCUCUAGAUGAUUGUCACUGUUGAAGUGACACCCUGACCCCCAUGUGCAAAAAUGGGAGAGUGGGUUGUGGAUGAAUGGAUGGAUAUAUUUUGCCUAACUAUAUCUGGUUGCUGUCUUGACUGAUGUUAUCAGCAGCAUAUCAGCCAUGUUUUCUACAACUUGUACCACCCAUCAUCAUGUGACCUCACUGAAUAGAAUGGUGUAAGACAAUCAGAAGAAACUAUGCUCAUGGCAAAGACAGGCUUUGGCUUCUUUCCUACUUUCCUCAUAUUUUUCACAUUACCACUGAGACCAUGCAAUACUACAACUAAAUUGACAAGAUGUGUCACUACAGAAUCUAUAUUAAGGAGGAAUUUUAAGCAGGAUAUAAUAAGGUGCCUUGCCAUUCAAGACUCCUUAGUAUGAUUUCUCCAAACUCAGAUAAUCCACAAUUAGUACUUCAAUUCAGUUUGCCAUUGAAGGAGAAAGUUGAGAAGAAUAAGUAGAUGCAGUAAAGCUUUUCACAUAUUUUAUAGCAGACCGCCUCUUAUCAUACAUUUAUUUGUGUCUAUCAGGAAAGUACCUUUUCAGCUCUAACAAUGCAAUGACGUAGCCAUAUUUAUCAGUUGUUGCACAAAGAGCACUUGAUAUCCUAAUUAUUUCCAUUGCAGCAAACUACUAUGUGACAGAGCAAAAGUAGCUAAAAGAAGUAUAUAUGGAGACAGUAUAGCUUUGGUGGUUAAUGGGUAGGGCAAUACAACUGGUGACCCAAGUUUGAAUCCUAUCACUCCUCAUUUGUGUACUUUCUGGUUCUGGUUAAGCUACUUAGCUUUAUUAUAUUUCUGGAUCAAUGCUGAAAAGACAACUGCUGUCUGAGGAGGCCUAUCUGGCUAACACAAUUUGAAUGAAAUUAAAUACUGUAAAAUGAGGAGUGUGAAGCCUGUUUCCUGCACAUAAUCCUAAUAUGCCUGAACUUGUAACAGAACAAUGCUUACAGUUUAUGAACCAUGGCUCUUUGAUAGCACAAGGAAGUCAAGUGACAUGCAUGCUAUUGUGGUGGCUGUGAAAUUCUAACUCAGUUCUGAGGCAAUGCAAUCCACUCAUUUUGUUGGUUGCAGCAAACUGCCACCACAUAUCUAAACUAUCAGAGACUGCAGCUUUACAGACUUACAUUCACCAGGGAUCUGAAUCCAUGUGAAAUUAAAUUCCUGCCAAGUGUCACCUAAUGUUGUCCAACUGAAUGACAAGUGCAUCAGUGCAAACAGUAAUUUCAGAAAAAAAGAAGUGAAAAGCAGAAGCUGAAGUCUUGAAAAGUGCUGCUCUGGAAUAAAACAGACUUGAGCAAACCGUAUUCUUGGAAAAAAAGAUAUGACAAAUGACCGCACAGUCCUCAGAAGUUUUAAUAUUGUGUAACAGAUGAAUACGUUUUCAAAGAUUCUUAGUAUUCAUUAUAUUGUGGGAAGUAUUUGAAAUAUUUGUAUGUACUGGGGCAGUACUUGUUUUUUAAACAUGCAAUGUUAAAUCAUGUUUGUCAUUUUGCUUUAGCUCAGUAUGGCAGUCAAGCUUGUCUUUUCUUUAAAAAAGUUGCUUAUUUCAGAUAUAUUCUAGGUUCAAUGACUUAUUAAAACAAUCUUAACUGAAAUUAAAUUAUUUUCUUUUAGGUAAAAAAUGUUUCCUGCCUGAGCCUAAAUGUAAUACUGUGAUUAUGUCAGGGGUUAGAAUAUUCUAUAAUGUACUAUGCAGUGUGAUGAACAUGAAAACACUAAGGCAUACACAAUGUACAGAGGUAAGCCUAACACUGAUAUAUUCAGCUGACACUCCUUUAGAAGGAAUGCAUUUUGUUAAACUUCAGGUUUAAGUGUGUUUUCUUCAAGUACUUCUAGUAAGCAAUUGCAUAUUUUGCAUGGGGAACAGAGGGCAGUUCAGCUGAAAGGGAAAGGGAUUUGUGUACCUUUCUUUCUUUCCCAAGAUGUUUUAAGUCACAGUAUAGUAAGCUUUGUCCUUUUCUCUUGUGUUUUGCACAAUUUGAAGUAAAACUAAUGUUGAAAUAAGAAACAUUAUCUAACUACAGAUAUGCAUAUUACAAGCUAUUCAUUUUUAUAUUGUAUAAUUGAAAUUGUAAAGGUUUCAGUGACUACAUGACUAGAAUAAUUGUCUAUAUAAAUCUAUACACAGGGGCUCUAAUAACUCCAAAUAUUUAUUCUUCAACUAUAAUAUGGCUCAGGGUGACUGUAGCUAUUUUUUACAGAGUUAAUUACUUAUAAAGCACAUGCUUUUCCAUUAGACAGAGAUAUAAUUCCAAUGUAUCUAUGAAAGAGAGGGCUACCAUGUGAACUUAUGAUAAGCAAUCACUUGGUGACCAUAAUAGUCAAUUUAUGAGGCACUUUUAGAAACCUGGAUGUGUCUGAUUUGCCAAACAUAUUUCUAUAAAAUAAGAACAUUUAUAAAAUGUAAAUAUAUAUGUUGUACAGUAUUAAAAGGAGUACACUUUCCUAUCUAUUUGUUUUGCAGACCAAAGCUGUACAUGUUUCCAUAUUUCUGUACUAUUUCGCUGUUGCUUUUUUCCUUGGGGGUUGGAUGUGUAAGCACACUAUUUUACCAGGAAUCACACAUGCACAAAAUGGCAGUUCUGUAAAUGCACUGUUUCUACUGGCAUUCAUGCUUUUUUUCCUUUUAUUGCUAAUGAAAACAUGAAUUGUUAAGUUUAUUUUUACACAAUAAAGAAUAAAAGAUGAA